AUGGCAACUGAGCAGUCUGAUAUAAAUGCAUUGGCACAAACACUUUCUGCCAGCUAUACUGCUCUGAUGCAAUACAAAACCCUUGGUCAGGAUGAGGCAAGACGGCUUGAGUAUCGAACUAACCAUUCAUUGCAGAUCCUCAAUCACCUAAGCCAACUGUCUAAACAUAGCCAACAUCUUCCAUUGCCAUGGUUCACACCUUCAUUUAUUAGUAUAUGCUUCAGCCUACGGGACCAAUUUAUCUCUCAAUCAUCAGUACCGGAAUGGGGUGGUCUUGAGUCUAUCUAUAGUCUCUGGUCUGUUUGGGUACGCCGAUUGUCAGGAGCACCAUCCGCAAUCCCUGCCGCAGAGUCAGAUCUUGUUCGGGUACUGGAAUCUAUGCAUUCCUUAUUAACUUCACAAAACAAGCCUCCCCCAACCGUUCAAAAAGAAGCCUGGAUAGGGUUGGUAGGACUGGCGGGGCGUGCACCUUCGGUGUACAAUGACGUGCGAAUCCUGGAUGAUAUGUCUGAUGUGAUCGAACACCAGAAUGCAGAUACAGAUAUGGCUGAAUCAAUUGAAGCAGGCGUAGCACAUGCACUCGCAGAGACCACUGCACUGAAUGCAUUUGAAAUUGGAUCAUGCGAACGCCUGGUAGAGGUGUAUAUACAACUUGUGUCUCGUAUUCCAGACCAUCGUCUAAGACCAGUAAUCAACGUGUUUGAACACAGCGUUGACAAACGAUCCAAGGAGACACCUGUAACAAAAGCAGUUGCCGAUCUCGGAAACCUGAUCGCACUGACAAAGACAGUCGUGGAACCAAGAGAAGAACCACUCAAGGUGAAAAUGACCCGAGUGGCAGUGCUUGUAGGCGUAGUACGCAUGUUACAGUUCAAUCAAGGUGCCAAAACGUCAAAAGUUGCUGAUUUCCAAAAGCAAGUUGAAAUCCUAUUCGUCAAUGCAUUUGACAAUGUUGUUACAGAAACUGUCAGCAAAGAAGAAGUCUAUUCAUUUGACAAACAUCAGGAUGUCAUUGCUCUGUUUGCUGGACAGUGCCUACCUACAUUGUCU